AUUUUGAGCCUCCUUCUCUGGGACUAAGCUUCAUAUUUAUAUCAUUUGACAUACUCAGUGUUGUUACAAACAUUGCGAUUUUGUAUGUGAUCCUACGAGCCAAACCAUUAUGGAACCCAAGUGGACACUACAUGUUUCUGGUUGCAUUACUGGAUUCUACUGAAGGAAUAACAUCACUUGGGGUUGUCAACCAGAUAUUAAUUGGGAAAAUUAGUGAACUAAGUUGCAGGAUCCAGGCGUACCUAUUAAUAGCAGUGGCAUACUGUAGGAUGUGGCUGUUUACCUGUAUGAGUAUAAACAGAGCUAUCAUGUUGAAAUACCCUUUGAGAUAUGAAACCUUGGUGACAACAUUUAAAACAAAGAUAAUUCUAUUGAUAGUUUUUGGAUUGUGCUUUCUGUCUACCCUACCUGUGUUACUUGAACAACACACAUACAGAGAUCA